AUGGCAGCGCCUCAUUCUAGUGGUGUUGCUGCUCUUCUUUUGUCUCACAUGGGUGACAAGGUGAAGCCCAAGGAUCUUUACAAGAUGUUGGAUGAUCUUGCUACACCCGAUAUGAUCAGUGAUGUUCCUGGUGCCAUGACACCAAACGCUCUCCUUUUCAAUGGUCAAAAGAAGUCGGCUGAUAAUACCACUAAAUCAAAUUAG